UGAAUAUAUACAUGAAUGACAAUGACAGGGAUCCCAGCUCUCAAAGUUCUCCCCAUGGAUAGUCUAUAUAUUUUCAGAUUUUGAGUGCAAAACCAGUACUUCUGUUCAUCACCAUUUGUUUUGCAUACUAGAUGGUGCUAUGAGGAGAGGACCCAGCGAUGACUGAUGUGGAGCCUGUUGUCACCGAUUUCGCCGCGACGGGGAGGACCGGCCGCAGAAACGCCCUUCCCGAUAUUCUAGGGUCCACGGCUGGGGCCGGGACGGCUGACCUUCCAGACAAACUGGCCCAGCUGACCGUCGGCGAUGACGGCGAGCAGGGAGGAGAGGGGUCGGCGGCGGAGGCUUCCGGAAGCUCGGACGACAAGGAGAAGGCGGAGGAAACGUAAGGCCCCGGGGGCCCCCGGCGAGCUCAGCCUGUGACCCCGCCCGAAAAAAAAAGAGAGACUGAUGGGCCUCCUUCUCACCACCACCCCACCCCAUCCCCCCCAAAAAAUCUCAUUGACCAGACAACUGUAACAUUCACGUGCAGUGCUAUGCAACAUCGCCAACACCUGCAGCUGAACCCAGGCUCCGGACGACAGGAGGUCCCUUGCUCCGGAGUUGAAUCUGUUCCUUUUCUGGUUGUUACACCCAAGCUGUGGGCUGUCAGUCAGCCCACAUUUAUCAAAACAUUCGGAUAGAGGUAACUCCGAGAUGACCUCUGUCCCUCCUCUUGUACAUUGCCAUGUUCAGCAGACCGACUGAGAGACUGGUGCCCGAGUCGCACCGAUGUGCGGAAAUCUGCAGCGUUCUUUCCGCAGGUGAAAAAAGGGCCUACUCCCGUGAGGCGGUCUCCCGUCUGACAGGCGUGGCGAGAAAACGCAUUUUCACAGAAUGUCAACUCGUAGUUGCAGCAAUGUCUAUUUUUGCACAACAAAGGUCUAUACAUUCCUUUUGGUGAUGUGAAUACAGUUUUUAUCUUAUACGUGUGGCUAUCUGUGUGCUUCAAUAAGGCCUCUCUACCUUGUGUUUUAUACUGUUGAAUCCCCAUGAUUAAUUAUUACUAACAGCAAAGUUGUUUAAAGUAUAUGGUAGUUCUUUUUUUUCCCAGUACGUGUUAAAGUGUUUACAUCCUGUUUGCGACUAAAGGAGUCACUUUACGGCCCCGUCGACUCUCAUAAAGGUUAUGCUCCAAGUGCUGCAGUGUUGUCAAUACUUGUCAGAUCUAACUCCGUGAAACACAGUCCGUGACUAUUGGGUCAGCCGUAGUUUGUCAUUGUCAUACAAGAAGAAACAAAAUGAUGAAGGGCCGUUCGAUCUCCCAGUUCCUCAGUGGACCGUGGAUCAUAUGGCUAUGAAGAAAAUACUAUGGAACAGAUUUUCUGGAUUCAAUGUAUUUAUUUUUUUAUUGUUGGAUCGAAUUACUUUUUACGGUAUGUUGCAAUAAUAAACCCACAGAUUUUCCUCUGGUUGUUAAGUUGGCCAUACUGUUACUAGAAUGAUAUUGUCUGUUGUAAGUUACACAUGAAAUACCAGGUGUAAAAAAUAAAUUCUGUACUUAGUUUUC